AACAUCAAUGGACGCAACAUUCAAGUGCCAUGUGUCAGUGCUUUUGAUUGUUCCGCGUUUACUGAGGGAUCCAUUGCACAAAAAUCAUUCACAAGUUCUCAUGCGUAUUACAUCUGCUCAGAAUGUUUCCAACAAGAGGGUGAGCACUUUUACGAAAGAUUGGUAACAGAGUCAAGCGAUCUAAAUCUGCAAGAAGGACUCCUCGCACUGAUAACUCCAACACUAACCAUUCUUAAUAAAGCAAACCAAAACUCACCGAAAAUCGAAACGACAAAUCUCCCAAGCAAGUUAAUUGUUAGAAUAGUAUUGAAAAUGGGAAAAGAUGAAGCAAUGAAGGAAAGAACUUUCGUAGUAACUUCGGAAAAGGCUUCGAAGAUGGGUGAAAAAUUAGGAAGAGAAGUUUUAUCCUCAUAUUCUGAAAUUCAAAAAAAUAUCAGUCAACUAGAAAACCCAGACUCAUAUGAAAACUAUUUCAAUGCGCUGCCUAACACCAUUUGCAGCUUCUUUCAAGUCCUCAUUAUAGUGUUACAACAAUGA